GUGAGAACUAGUAAUAUGAUUUAUAAUUUUUUAGGUGAAAAAUGGCGAAAAAUGCGAUCUAUCCUCAGCCCAUCGUUCACCAGUAGCAAAAUGCGAAUAAUGUUUGUUUUAAUUUCGAAAUGCACUGAGAAUUUUGUGAAUCAUUUUCUCAAGAAAGAUGAAAAAUGUAUAGAAGUAGAAAUGAAAGACACAUUUACCCGUUUUACUAACGAUGUUAUAGCUACCUCUGCCUUUGGUGUGGAAGUCGAUUCACUUGAAGAACCAAAUAAUGAAUUUUAUUCGAAGGGAAAGAAAUCCACCACUUUCGAAGGAGUCUCAAAACUGUUCAUGUUCAUAAGAUAUCCAGUUCCUAAACUUAUUGAGUAUCUGCAGAUACCAUUCAUGGAUCCAGUAGUUUACAGAUUCUUUUGCGAUCUGGUUGAUAAUACCAUAGAAGUCCGGGAAAAAAAUAAUAUAAUACGACCUGAUAUGAUUCAUUUAUUGAUGGAAGCGAGAAAAAGAGGACCUCACAAAAAAGAGAACUCUGGCGUGGAUACAGGAUUUGCCACAGUUGAGAAAGCUAACUUUGGAGCAGGGCAUGCCUCCGAACUAACUAACCUAGAUAUCACAGCUCAGGCUGUACUAUUUUUCUUUGCCGGGUUUGAUACGGUUUCUUCGCUCAUGUGCUUCAUGUCUCAUGAGUUGGCUGUCCAUCCAGACAUUCAAACGAAACUAAGAGAUGAAAUAGAAGAGACACUGGCGGAAUGUGGAGGGGAAGUAACAUAUGAAGCAAUAUUGAAAAUGAAAUAUAUGGAUAUGGUUAUAUCAGGUGAGAAAUUGAUUUCGUUUUUUCCAGGAGCAGGGCAUGCCUCCGAACUAACUAACCUAGAUAUCACAGCUCAGGCUGUACUAUUUUUCUUUGCCGGGUUUGAUACGGUUUCUUCGCUCAUGUGCUUCAUGUCUCAUGAGUUGGCUGUCCAUCCAGAUAUUCAAACGAAACUAAGAGAUGAAAUAGAAGAGACACUGGCGGAAUGUGGAGGGGAAGUAACAUAUGAAGCAAUAUUGAAAAUGAAAUAUAUGGAUAUGGUUAUAUCAGAAUCUUUGAGGAAGUGGCCAAGUACUAUAUCAACAGACCGAGUUUGUACGAAACCUUAUACGAUAGAGGCAAAGAAUGCAGGUGAAAAACCUCUACAUAUUGAAAAAGGCACAUUAUUGAUGAUACCUUCAGUAGGAAUACAUUAUGAUCCCAAAUAUUAUCCAGAUCCAGAACGUUUUGAUCCGGAAAGAUUUAGUGAUGAAAAUAAAAGAAAAAUUGACCCUUUCACCUACAUGCCUUUCGGACUGGGACCAAGACUCUGUAUAGGGUCUAGAUUUGCUCUUUUAGAAACAAAACUAUUGUUUUUCCAUCUCUUAUCGCAUUUUGAAUUGGUUCCUGUAGAAAAAACUCAAAUUCCACUAAAACUUUCUAAAUUUACAUUCAACUUAAUGGCAGAAAAUGGAUUCUGGUUGGGCCUGAAACGAUUGAAGAAAUGAAUCACAUAGUUAUUUUUCAAAAUUUCAACUAUCUCUUGAAAAUUGUUGGAAGUAAAAUUACUUAUAGUUCAAUAUAUUGAAUCUUCUCAUAA